GUAUACCGGUGACUCAUUAUCAUUCGAGAAAUCGCGUUACGCUUCUCCAACAAAUUUUCAUUUAAAGUCAGUGAAAUAAUCAAAUCCUAUUCUUAAACAUGGCUAGCGGAGUAGAAGUUGCUGAUAAUUGCAAAAUUGUUUUCGAAGAAAUUAAAAAAGACAAGAAGCAUCGUUAUGUGAUCUUUAACAUUCGCGAUGAAAAGCAAAUUGAUGCAGAAGUGAUUGGCGAGCGCGAUGCCGAAUACGACCAAUUCUUGGAGGAUUUGCAAAAGGGCGGCACCGGUGAAUGUCGCUAUGGCUUGUUUGACUUCGAGUACAUGCAUCAGCAUCAAGGUACUACGGAAUCAUCAAAAAAGCAAAAACUCUUCCUUCUCUUGUGGUGCCCAGACACAGCCAAAAUUAAGAUGAAGAUGCUUUACGCAAGCUCGUUCGAUGCUCUCAAAAAGUCACUGGUCGGUGUCCAGAAAUACAUUCAAGCAUCAGACUUGUCGGAAGCUUCAAAGGAGUCUGUCGAAGAGAAACUCCGCGCAACUGACCGCGUCUAAGUCCCAACCUUUCCAAAACUUCCUUUCAGCAAACUGCAAAGCAUUUCAAGUAACAAGUUUAACCCCCAAUAAGAGAUCAUUAAUCAGUAUCAUCAGCUUCCGGAAUGCCAAUCACAUUCUGCUGAAUGUUGAGACGUUCACCCGCGAAAGCAUCAAUGAAAAACAUUCUUAAAUUCUCUUUCUUAUCUUAGACUCUUUUGUAUUUAAUCCAAAAAAUUUCCAUAAAUAAAAUAAUCGAUUUGAGAUAACUAAUGAA